AUGGCAUCUCCGAAGAAGGCCGCCCGCAGAUACGAUGCCCUUGCGUCGAACGCAAGCGGUGUGUUCGCCUCGACGCCUACCCCAAGCUCUUCCUCGGCACUCUCUUCAGAUCCGCCUGUCGCACCAGAUACAAUGACCCCAAACGAUCAUCUUCUGCCCGAUUUACCAACCGAAGACACUCGCAGCAGCUUGGUAGACAGAGCACCGUCCCUCAAAUCUCCGGAACCAACACACCAAGCUGCACCGUCUCACACAAAUCUAGAAAGCGCAGUGCACAGCUCGGGUCCACCGCCGUGGCCAACGAUCACAUACAAACACCUUUUGUCGGCUGGCACGCUCAAUCCGACCAACCCACUGCGUGUGGUAGCGCACUGCGACGUCGAUGCAGCGUACGCCCAGUUCGAAGCGUCUCGUCUUGGACUUGAUGCCACUGUGGUUCCUAUAGCCGUACAGCAGUGGCAAGGUUUGAUUGCUGUCAACUAUCCAGCGCGCGAUGCUGGCGUCUCACGAUUCGAGAGCAUCCCUGAAGCUCUCAAGAAGUGUCCAGAUCUGCACCUAGUCCAUGUCGCCACCUACGCCCACGGCAGCAACAAGGCCGACUACCAUCCCGAUCCCAAGCCUGAAACGCACAAGGUCAGCCUGGACCCCUACCGUAGGGAGAGCUCCAAGAUUCUGACUAUUUUCAAAAAGACGUGUCCGCACGGAGCUGUGGAGAAGGCGAGCAUCGACGAGUCGUACUUCGACCUGACCAUCGAGGUGCGCAAACUCAUGAUCGAGCGGUUCCCGGACUUGGCUCAGCCGCCCCUAGACGAUCCCGUCACGGGAUCCAAGGGAAUGGACCAGCCGUUGCCUCCACCACCGCGACUGGGGCUGAAACAAUGGAAGCAGCUUGGGUACGUCGUGCCCAAGUCGGGCGACGUUGGAAAAGCGACGGGGAUUGGGCGUCCGGAGAAGGCGGUGGCCAAAGGUGCGCUGCUGGUGGACGCGCCCAUUGGGGCUGGGAUUGUGUCUGCUCCUCUGCCGGAUCUGCCAAGCGACAGUGUCAAGCAGGCAGCGGAAGGUUCCUCCAACACAGAUGGCAAAGAGACAGAAGGCUCUUCGACAGACAAGCAAGCGCCGCCAUCAUGGGGCUCGGAACAAGAUCGUUUGACUGAUCCCUCGUCGUCUCAACCCGACGAUCUCGACUCGGAAGCCGCACUCUGGGAUCGCAUCGAGUAUGGUGAAACGACGUGGACCGACGUCGCCCUUGCUCUGGGCGCAGAACUCAUGAACCGCGUCCGCCAGAACGUGCUCGACGAACUAGGCUACACCACCUCGGCAGGUAUCGCUUCCAACAAGACGCUCUCCAAGCUCUGUUCGUCGUGGCGCAAGCCCAACGGUCAAACCAUCAUGCGGCCCUGUUCCGUCGCCAACUUUUUCUCUUCCCUUCCGUUCCAAAAGAUCCGCUUCCUCGGUGGCAAGCUUGGCCAUGCCAUGGGCGCCGAGUGGAAUUCGGCGACCGUCUCAGAUCUGUGGGAAGUAGGGCUGGACGAGAUGCAGGCCAAAUUCGGAGACGAGGCGCGUUGGGUGUACAAUGUGCUGCGCGGCAUCGACUACAGCGAGGUGCGAGAGCGGGUCAACAAUCAGACCAUGUUGGCGAGCAAGUCGGUCCGGCCUGCCAUCACCAAACCGGAAGAGGCGAUGCACUGGCUCGGCAUCCUGUCCACCGAACUGGCUAUCCGGCUGCGAGAGGCGAGGCAAGAACGGGUGAACUUGUGGCCUAAAACGCUGGUGUUGCGAUACAUUCGAGCUGGAUCUGUGCCGCGCAGCCGGCAGACGGCGUUCGCGUUUACUAAUCCAAACAAUCAGGACGAACUGGCCAAAGUGAUUCUCAAAAAGGGACAGAGGUUGUGGGAGGAGAGCCUAGGGGAUGCGCUGGGGUUGGGAUUGGGAUCAUCGGGCUUUGGCGAAGCCAAAGUGUUGACGAUUGCGUUGGGAUUUGGAGGCCUGGCAGAGGGUGAAGCCGGGCAAAGAGGCAUUGCGGGCUUUCUUGGAGCGGCGGGUGCCACAGCAGCGGCACCGACAACGACUUCAGCAACGACGACAAGGCUGGCAGCAGAAGCCGACUUGGAGGAACAUCCGUCGCCAACGAAGAACAAGAAGAAACGCAAUCGACUCGAUGCCAUGUUUGAAACUCAAACCAAACAGCAAGAGUCGCAGCAAGCACCAGCACCAGUACCAGCACCGUCGCACCCCUCGACGCACGAAAAGGCCCUGAACGAGCCGCAGCCAGAAGCCGUCACCAUGCAGACCAAGGCGGAGCAAGAGGAAAGUGAAUUAGCAUCGGGGCAAGCAUCGGAUGGGCAGGACGAUCCACAGUGGCGAUGUUCGGAAUGCUCACAGCUCAUCCAAGCGCCAUCGGGAUCGGCGUGGUUCGAAAAGCCAUACUUGGUCGACAAGCUCAAGGACGAGCACCUGGAUUGGCAUUUUGCAGUGUCACUCUCUCAAGCACCUUCGUCUUCGGCCGUCGCCGCUUCGUCGGCGUCGCAACGGCCCGCCGGUGUCGGUUCUAGCAAGAAGAAGCGUGCACUCGACAAGUUUUUUACGCGUCGUUGA